GAGGAUGAAAUUCACGCAACAUAAGUCGUCGCCAUUCUCUACGCUGCUCUCUCGGAGGGCCGCCUUCAAAAGCCACCUCGCGCGUUCUGGGACCUUCUUGCGAACCUCAACCCUCAGGCUACUCUCUCAUGAUGCUCGCAACAACUAUGACAACUCCACCGGAUCGCAUGUACCACUUUACAAACGGCUUGUUGAGGCAUGGCAAAACACCCCUACGAAAUGGUACCCACUCCCCAUAGCUGCUGGCGCACUCCUUCUCGUCGUUUUGCAGUAUCGCAAGAAGUCGACAGCACGGGAGGUCGUAGUAGACGAUGACGGCAACGAGGUUAUUCGAUUGAAAGGUCCCUGGCAUGUUCACGUCAUUGGGGCGCUGCCUUUGAGGAACAUGUCUCGCGUGUGGGGCUACCUCAACUCCCUCGAGCUCCCCGUAUGGUUUCGUCCCAUCGGCUUCCGUAUAUACGCUAGCGUAUUCGGAUGCAACCUGGAAGAGAUCGACCCUCAAGACCUCACACAGUACGCCAGUCUCGGAGAGUUUUUCUACAGAAAGCUCAAGGAUGGCGCACGGCCGGUCGCCGACGCGGUCCUGGUCAGCCCAGCCGAUGGUCGCGUGCUCCAUUUUGGAGUGAUCAAAGACGGUCGGAUUGAGCAAGUCAAGGGGAGCACCUACUCCCUCGACGCCCUUCUCGGCUUGGCACGUCCAGGGACCCCAGCUGUGACGGCGGUCGAGUUCCCUGACCAGAAGAUGGACGAGGUGAACCACCGCCACUUCGCUGACAUUAAUGGCAUCGAGUAUAGUCUGCACGAGCUUCUCGGCACGCCUACCCCGUCAUCAUCCGGCACGUCAACCCCCACCGCCGAAGCGCCUCAUACUCACACGGACGGCGCCGCGCAAACAGGCACAGCGGCCAAGAAGCACGGGGAGCGCGUAGAUGCGUCCGUACCACGCGACCAGACGCUCCCGGAGACUGUCGCGCAAGAUGUGAGCAUGGCCUCGGAGGUUGGCCUGCGUCCCACCGCAGCGCGUAGGGACAGCUUCACCAGCGUGCGGACGAAGCCAGGGAACGACACGUUCUUCAUCGUCAUCUACCUCGCCCCUGGCGAUUAUCACCGUUUCCACAGCCCUGCUGCGUGGGUGGUAGAACGCAGGCGACACUUUGUCGGCGACCUCUUCUCGGUAUCGCCCUGGAUGGCGAAAAGGCUGGAGAACCUGUUCGUGCUGAACGAGCGGGUCGCCCUCCUUGGCCGGUGGAAGUACGGAUUCUUCAGCAUGGUCCCUGUCGGCGCGACGAACGUCGGUAGCAUCAAGAUCAAUUUUGACCAGGCAUUGCGCACCAACGUGGGCUCGCGUAGAGAGCAUCCAGUAGGGACCUUCACGGAAGCCGUCUACUCGGCCGCGUCCCCGAUCCUCAACGGCCAGCCGCUCGUCAAAGGCGAGGAGAUGGGCGGCUUCUGCCUUGGAAGCACCAUCGUCCUCGUCUUCGAGGCGCCGCACAACUUCGACUUCUUCGUCAGCGCGGGCCAAAAGGUCAAGGUGGGCCAAAGGUUGGGAGACACCACUUCUUCGGAAGAAAGCGCUCCCCAAUGAGAGCGCACUUACGGAUACUACGACGGACGAUGUCAUGUCACGCUACUAUUUAGACCAGAUGGACCUAACGCUACGCGGCCCAGAUCGAUUCAACUCGAGGUGUACAUUAAUAGUAAACUAAUGAGUCAUUAC